UUUAGCUGUUAGACCAAGCAACCAAACAAAACGAAUUCACAAGCUUCAGCAAUGGAUUACACUGUCGAUAUGAGCUGUGUGAUGAAAGUGAACAGAAGCUGCGAGCUUUGUCGGCAAAAAGUGUCAGAAGUGAUGCAUUGUGUCAACGGAGUUUACUCUGUGGAUUUCGUGAGUGACGACAACUCAAUGAAACUCAAGGCGAGCGUUAACCCUAAUAUAUUGUUGGCUGUUAUUGAACGGUACGGUGAACAUGGAAAGAUCACUAAUCUCCGUUUCGAAGGCGAAGUUAUGACUCCUCGUGGCGGCGGCGGUUAUUACGGUCAAUCAGGAUAUUACAUUCCUUCCACCGCCCGUGGUAAUUAUGCAUAUCCCUCGUUGUAUCCAUACCCUCCUCCGCCGUAUGUUUAUGGCGGAAACUAUGCUCACCCUGCGUCUAAUCCGCCGCGGCAUACGGAGGCACCACGGCAGGUGACUAACCCGCAUACAACACCGCCGUCUUAUAGUCUACCGGCGCCACCGUCAAGACCGGUGCAUAGUUACGCUUACGUAGAACCGCAGUAUCGGACGUCGGGUUCGUCGGGUAAAGGAUGCGUGAUCAUGUAAUGUCUCAUUGAGGAAGAUGAAGUUUCUUUUCUUUUUUUUGUCUCAUAACCACGUUUUGGUUUAUAUUCUUGAUCGCUGUUUUUUUUUUAUAGCGAUUGCGUUAUAGACGUGAAUUCUGUUUUUUUUUUGGAACCAAGAACACAAAUUGUUGAUUAAUGGACUGGAUGGAUACUAGUGCCAGUCCAACUUUUAUGAAAGUCCUUGACACAUUUCUCUUUUUAUUAUGGUCAUUAUUUUAGUAGAAUGAGUAUAAUUUUCAUUAUAUUUCAUUCAACAUAAAUGAUUAGAUUUUACCCAAGUGUUGAUGAAUUGUUCAUUUCACCAUGUUUUAUCUCUUUAACUAGACAUCUAUUCGUACAUGAAUUGUUUUUGGUCGACAACAAAUAACUAUGUGUUCAUUUCAGCGUUGUUGGUUUAGCAAUGAAAUGACGACAAUAAUAAAGGAUAUCAACAUUGAUUUUAUGCUUAGGACUCUAACUUUGUUGCUAAACAAACGUGAAAGUACUGGCGAUUAGAGCUAACCGGACAAAAAAUACAUUUUGAUUAGGAUAGAAUGAGUUUUAUAGACUAUUAACACUAAUUAAUUAAUUACUCGUCCAAGGUUUAGUGAUGAGUGAUGGGUCCAUCAACCUCCCCGAGUCCCCGUACACAACCAACCACCCACAGGGACCAGUGAACAAAGUACUGAUUACUUCUUAC